CUGAUACCGGAGAAGGUCUCACCUCAGGUCACAAUGAAGGUAAACGGUCGCUUCAGGGAAUAUGUUCUUGCUCAGUCCGCCGAGUGGCUCCGUAGCAAUUGCUGUCGUCAUGUACUCAUAACAACCUCCCAAUGGUGGAUUCUUUUAGAGCCAAAUAUUUCACUCAACUUUCGUGAUCAAAGAUAUGGACCCAUAUGGGAAACGCUUCGACAGGGUGUCCCGAAUUACAGCGCUGAAUGAACCUGGAGACGUCGAGAUCACUCUCGACGUGAACACUGAGAUAUACCCCCUGGCAGUCAACGAUAAAUUCUCUCUGGCGUUGGCCGCGACGCUCGCACUGGAUGGGUCCGGAGGAGAUGCUAUAGACAGGGAGGCAUGGAGGGAGAGGCCAGGAGUGCGGACUUUGGCGGACGAUUACGAUUAUGUUAUGCAUGGGAAAUGCUACAAAUAUGACGACAACGGACCUUCGAAAGUUUCGGUGUACGUGUCGUUUGGUGGACUUCUGUUAUGUAUCUCGGGCGACUACAGACAAUUGCAGGACCUGGACGUGGGCAUGAACUUGUACCUCCUCAUGAAGAAAUGAUCCCUCUUGGAGUACUGGAG